AUGUCAACCUCGACCACAGCGAAUUCGCACCUCAAUGGGGAAGACACCAUCUCAUCCUCACCUGGAGGUACAAAGUCCGAUAGACCAUUCACCAUCAUCUCUGGACCUGGUGGUCGAUAUUAUCUUACUGAAAAUGACGAGUUAUUUUCUCAAUGCGAUACAUCGCUCCUCAUUCCCUCCUCCUCUGGUCAAACUGGGGAAGCUACUUCUGACAUUAUCAAGAAGAGGGUGAUUCGAGCGAGAUCCCACGAUUUACCGGAAGUAUGGUACACUUACGCUAACACUGAAGAUGGAGAUACCCAAACGUACAGGAUGGGUAUGGACAUAGCUGUCCAACUUGAUCACUUUGGGACGAUAUAUGGUUCCAGAGCCCAUGGGCGGACCACGAUUGAUCAGGUCGAUAAGCUUGAAAGAGAAGAGUGGAUCAGUGAGACGAUAAAUCUCGGUAAUCUCUCUGUCGACCCAGAACAAAAAAGUAUGAUUGAGUAUGUGAUCGAGAGGAUUCCAGCGACAAAGGAUGAUAAAUCUAACACCGCUCGCGAAGAUGCAAUCUCAAUGAUGAGAUUCAAACUUGGGCUGGUCUAUGAUUAUGCUAUAAGACCGAUUUUGUAA